UGCUACAUGUCCUGCUUCGACAUCGCUUAUGACCCCUCACUACGAUUACGGCGCGCUAAUUUAGUCUAGAUGUUGUCUGAUGUUCCUGAACAAGUGGACCCGAUCGGGCGCCCAUCUGGAGCUCCAAUUGGCCUGGCCAAGUCGGCAAGAUCGGGUGGCUUACGUCGUCGUGGGAUGCCGUAGCUUCACCAUCCAGCUGAAGGUCGGAAAGAUGGCAGCAGAGAUUUCGGACUCACUUGUAUUUGCUCGGCGUCCUCUACACAAACCUGCCAUACCUAUCCUAUCGCUUCAUGUUAUUCCACCGGAUUGAUAAAAACUACAGCUGUAAAGAGUCGGGCUUGAAUUGGGAACAGAGUACAUACACCCGUAACUUUCCCGUAACAAGAUCCUCCCUAAUCAUAGUUUUCACUCAUCAAAAUGCCCUCCAAAGGCGUCCUCUGCUUCUCUUACCUCACCGUCCCGGGCACCUCCAUUGAGUUCACAGUUCCGGGAAAAGCAGUAACGAAGUCGGAUCUUCAGCAAUACCAGACCACCCACCUGGAAGUCGAGUCCUCGGCUCUCCCCCACUUCAAGUUCACGGGCCGCUUUCAAUUCGUUGUCCGGCGUGACGGCCGCGACUUGACAACGCAAUGGGUUGACGUCAACAGCGCGACCGGCAAGCUCGGCGACGGCACGCUGAAAACCAUGGACCAGACGCCUGCGGUAUUUGUAGAAGAUCUGGUGGUGUGCUAUGGAUUCUACGACGCCGGGCCGGGGGUCGCAGGGCUGCCGAAACAGCAUCUGUGCUAUGUGACCGUGACAAGGAACCUGGAGAACUGGAUGGGAGACGCGAUUGCCCAGGACCAAGACAUGUCGUCCAAGAAGUUCAGCAAGAUGGUCCUCCCCGCGGCGCACGACAUCGGCAUGAACAGCAUGGCGAUCCCGCUCUCCCUCCUCUCGCGCGCAGGCACAGGCGCCAUCAAAGAAGUCCUCGGCCGGGAGCUUCCCCACGUCCUCUCCAUCUUCAACAAAGCCGGCGACGCGGCCGUGAACCGCAUCGCGCCCGACAUCAUCCGCGCACUCGCCAUCACGCAAAAGGACAGUCUCGAGAGCAUACUGAAGAUCGGGGCGCGCUACUUUGAGUUCCGCCCCGCGCAGUGCCACCGCCAGCUGCAGAGCAUUGGCGGACUCGAGGACACGUGGUACUUCCAGCACGGGGUGAUUCCGGGGAUGAAGUACGUCGACUUCCUAUCCACGCUCGUCAAGUUCCUCGACGAGCAUAAAGACGAGGUGGUUGUCGUGCAGAACAGGUGGGAUGGCGUGCCGGGCGAGUGUCCGCGACCUUCCAACGACGAUCUCGGCAACAUGCUGCAAGAUGUCCUUCGCGGGAAAGAGCUGCAGGCUGGUAAUCUAGACGACAUGCUGGGGAAGAGUAUCAGGGAUCUGAGGAACGAGAAAAAGCGGCUCAUCGUGCUGCAGAACGCGAGGCAGGUCUCCAACUACGACGACGAUGCGAAUGCGACGUUGGAUGGGGACUCUAUGGUCAGCAAGCUCAAUGACAUGGCGAGAGAUCUGCCCAAGGGACAGCAGAUUACGCUGCUGCAGUGCCAGGCUACGGCGACGAAUAUCAGAGACGUGAUUAUUGCGUCGGUGCUGGAUGCCGAUGUCAGUACGAGUCCGAUCCUUGCGACGAAGCCAGUAUGCGAUGCGAAGAUUCUGCCAUUGUUGAGAGGGGAAUGCGGAAAGUGUUUGACGAGAGAGGAGAGUGUCGUUGUGCUGUUGAACGAUUUCUUCGAUGGCGCGACGGCGGACGUGGCGAUUGAGCUGUGCAAGGAGAGGAUGAGGUAGUGGGUUGUGAUUUCCGCGUCAGUAUAUAUGUCAAAGUAAAGCUUCAUACACAAGCAAA